UAUGGGAGUCGGACGUCGCAUGGGAAAGAAGCAAGCCGAUCCAGCUCCUCUGGAUGAAUCACUUGUGACGAGGAAGCGCAAGCUCGCUGCUCCUACUACCAGUGCGAUCAAGAAACAGAAGACUGUCGAGCCGAGAGCUGCGAAAAAGUCCACGACGAACGGGAACGGGAACAAGGCGAGCACAAAUGGCACUCGAACAGUCAAUGGCGAUGCGAAAGGUCCUGGGCGUGCGAAGGGCAAGCCUGUCAGUAAGAAGGUCGUCAAGUCGAAGAAACCCGUGGAGCCCGAAUCCGAUGACGAUGCCUCCGAUAUCGACGAUGCUGCGACAGGCAUUCAAGCCGACCUCAAUGAUCUGGACGGCGAAGACUCUGCGAGCGAGGGUGGAGGGGCUCCACUGUCCGAAGAUGAUUUCAUGGACUCCGAUGAAGAGGUGGUGCGCGGCAAGAUGAUGUGGUCCGAAGACGAGGACUCAGAUGCGGAGGAGAAGCUCACGGCGGCGAACAUUGCUGGAUUGUCCCGAAAACUCGACGAGGAACAAGCGCAAGAGGCUGCAGACGCAGAGGCAGAACUUCGCGACGAUGCUAUGCAAACGAACAUUGCCAACGAUUUGAUCGACGACGACGAUGACGACGAGCAGAAGCCGAGCCUUCUCGCACCCGACCUCCAACUUCUCCGAACACGAAUCACCGAGACAGUUCGUGUCUUGUCGAGCUUCAAAGAGUUGGGCGAACCGGGCAAGAGUCGCGCGGACUACACACAAGCCUUGCUGAAGGACAUCUGCACAUACUACGGAUACUCGCCCUUCCUCGCAGAGAAGCUCUACUCGCUCUUCCCAGCGCAAGAGGCGCUGGCAUUCUUCGACGCCAACGAGACACCACGCCCAAUGGUCAUUCGAACGAAUACCCUCCGCACACAUCGUCGAGAUCUCGCGCACGCAUUGAUCAAUCGCGGUGUGACUCUCGAGCCUGUUGGGAAAUGGUCAAAAGUCGGACUUCAAAUCUUCGAGUCUCAAGUACCGCUCGGUGCGACUCCUGAAUACCUCGCCGGACACUACAUCCUACAAGCUGCUUCGUCUUUCCUUCCUGUCAUGGCUCUUGCGCCACAAGAACACGAGCGAGUGCUGGACAUGGCUGCGGCGCCCGGAGGCAAAACCACACAUUUGGCUGCGCUGAUGAGAAAUACUGGUUGCAUCUUCUCCAACGAUUCCAACAAGGACCGUGCCAAGGGUCUUAUUGGUAACAUUCACCGCUUGGGAGUUAAGAACACCGUUGUCUGCAAUUACUCCGCGCUGGAGUUCCCCAAGGUUAUGGGUGGUUUCGAUCGUGUGCUUUUGGAUGCGCCCUGCUCCGGAACUGGAGUUAUCGCCAAGGAUCCCAGCGUCAAGACGAACAAGACUGAAGCCGAUUUCCUACGCCUACCACAUCUCCAAAAGCAACUGCUUCUCGCAGCGGUGGACUCGGUCGAUCACGCAAGUAAGACUGGAGGCUACAUCGUCUACAGUACAUGUUCCGUCACCGUCGAGGAGAACGAGCAGGUCGUCCAAUACGUGCUCAACAAGCGGCCGAACGUCAAGCUCGUUCCGACCGGACUCAUCUUUGGCAAAGAGGGAUUCACCAAGUACCAAUCCAAGCGCUUCCACCCGAGCAUGAAGGAGACACGGAGAUACUACCCUCACGCCUACAACGUGGACGGCUUCUUCGUGUCCAAGUUCAAGAAGACAGGACCAACGCCCGCAAACGCAAUUUUACCGCAGGGAAGCACAGAAGAGAAGCAACAGCAGGCGAACGGAGUCAGCGACGAGGACGUGUAUCACCACAAGGACAUCACGGAGGAUGAGGAGGAAGAGUCUGCUUUCGCUGAGUUCGACGAUGAGGAGGAUGAAAAGUACAUUGAGCGGAGUCUGAAGAAGCAGCUGAAGCGGAAGGGCAUUGAUCCGAAGGCGAGCAAGGCAAAGGCUGUACAGAGUCUGACGAGAUAG